AUGGCCUCCGAUGGCACUUCUUCUAUUUCAGUCACUGUUCGAGUCAGACCGUUCACGAUUAGAGAAGCGGCCCAAUUGACCAAAUGUGAUGAUACGACAAUCUUCCUCGGCGAUGGCUCCCUUGCAGCGGCCCCUACACCCAAGCUCUUUCAGAAAGGCAUCCGUCCAGUAAUUAAAGUGGUUGAUGACAAGUGCCUAGUAUUCGAUCCUCCGGAGGACAAUCCUGUCCAAAAAUUCUCCCGAUCCGUUGUGCCCACCGGCAAACGAGUGAAGGAUCAAACAUUUGGGUUCGAUCGGAUUUUCGAUGAAAAUGCGUCACAGGGUGAAGUAUACGAGGCCACCACAAAGCCACUGCUGGACAGUGUUUUGGAUGGUUAUAAUGCCACCGUCUUCGCCUAUGGCGCGACAGGCUGCGGAAAGACUCACACAAUCACGGGAACGGUGCAACAACCUGGCAUAAUCUUCCUCACCAUGCAGGAGCUUUUUGAGAGAGUCUCAGAGCUGGCAUCCGAAAAAGUGACAGAGAUAUCUCUCUCCUACCUCGAGAUUUAUAACGAAACAAUUCGUGAUCUACUUAUGCCCAGCAGCGUGAAAGGCGGCUUGAUGCUGAGGGAAGACGCCAACCAAACUGUUUCGGUCACAGGACUCUCGAGUCACCAUCCUCAAAAUGUUCAAGAAGUUAUGGACAUGAUCAUGAAAGGCAAUGAAAUGCGAACGAUGUCUCCCACAGAAGCCAAUGCCACAUCGUCCCGGUCUCAUGCCGUCCUCCAAAUCAAUGUGGCCCAGAAAGAUAGGAACGCGAGUGUCGAAGAGCCCCACACCAUGGCUACGCUGAGCAUCAUUGAUUUGGCUGGUAGUGAACGCGCUAGCGCAACGAAGAAUCGAGGGGAGCGUUUGCUCGAGGGUGCCAACAUCAACAAAUCCCUCUUGGCUCUCGGAAGCUGUAUCAAUGCCUUGUGUGAUCCACGCAAGCGAAACCAUGUUCCGUAUCGAAACUCCAAACUCACGCGUCUUCUCAAAUUUUCUCUCGGCGGCAACUGCAAAACGGUAAUGAUUGUCUGCGUCAGUCCGUCAAGCGCACAUUUCGAUGAGACACAAAAUACUCUCAGAUACGCCAAUCGAGCAAAGAACAUCCAGACCAAGGUCACUCGCAAUGUCUACAAUGUCAAUCGCCAUGUCAAAGACUUUUUGGUCAAGAUUGACGAGCAAAUGGCGUUGAUCAAUGAAUUGAAAGCUCAACAGAAGGACUAUGAAGCGGUGGCGUUCGCCAAAUUCCGAAAACAGAAUGAGAAGAAAGACAGCAUCGCUCGGGAGGGUGUGCAGAGAAUCCGAAAUGCUUAUGACCACUCUGCUGCGGAGAGACAAGAGCGAACCAAUAACAUGAUUAAGCUUAAGCAAAUCGGCCGACGUAUUGCAAUGCUGUCUGCUUGGAUGGCCGCUUUCGACAACGUGUGCGACAAUUUCGAGGAGGGGGAGGAGCCUCUGAAGAACAUGCAAGCGGUGCGAAAAUCCGCCCAAGGCAUUAUGAUGGAGUUGGAGAGUGGUCGACAUCACUGCCAGCAGAAGGUAUUGAAGAAUACUUGGGAUCGAGCAAUGAAUACGGCACUGGAGCAUUGUUUGCUCCAGCUCAAGGAAGUUGAUACUGGUGAUAUGAUUGACUCCGAGACUCUCCGCCGCGAAGUGGAACUCCUCAAGGCAACUGCAGAGAGAGAGACUCUGGCAGCUGUUUCGGAUCAAGACAAGUUUGGAGAUGCAGCGACGAUUCAAGUCUUGCUGCAAGCCCAUUUCGGGACAAUCUCUGCCAUCGAAAGCUUGAAUAGAAUGAGCGUCGACGAAGCAGUUGAGGCCGCCACUCAAAUUUUGGGGAAGAUGCUCAACUCGGCCUCCAGUGCGGCCUCCUAUGUUGUCAAGCCUGAUGGAAGUCUGGCUCCCGUCGAAGCAUUCGCACCCACCAAAUCAGGAACUCCUAAGAGACGCAAGCAAAAUGUGAACAGCUCGAUCUUGGAAUCGAGCCCCAUUCGACCCAAACCCGCAGCUGCCCUGGCUCCUAGCAUAACAUACUCUCCAGCCAAACCUUCUCCAAGACGACGCGGAUUAUUAGGCAGCGCGAAGAAAGGUGUUCAAGUCUCUUUCACCCCGAAGAGGAGAAAAUCCCCCGUCAAGGGCGCGAAGCGAGCUGUGAGAUGGCGAGACGAUACUGAAGACGGGACCCUGGCCGAAUUUGAAAAGACCCCCCAGAAAUUGGCAUCUUCCUCGCCAGAAGAGUCCUCCACAGAGAUCAGCCUUCCACCACAAGUGUCAGGCCUGACUGCGUCGCUAGCUGAGCUUCGCACUCAAUCUCCUGAAUCUUCGCCCAUUCCUCCAGUUCCGGAGCCUGCACUCGCGGCACCACCUAAGAACAGUCGUUUCCAAGCAGGGUUCCUAUCUAAGAAAUAUGACGGCUCACCAUACUCUUCUAGCCUGCUUCCACAAAGGAUUAGUCCACUUUCUUCGUCGGAUAUUGAAGCAUCGCCAUUAAGGGAGCUUGAUCCAAGCAAAGCUGCGAAUCGCCGAUCUAUAACUCCAAUGUCGUCGAAGAAAUCAGUGGCUGAUUGUCCCGAUGCUGCCAGCAAUUCUUCGGGGACAAACUCCGAUACGGAAAACCAGAGCAACCCCGACAAAGAAGAUGCGAUGAGAAUCCGCGACGCAGUUAAGAGAUCCAGCUCAAUCCGUCGAUCUGGAAUACAUGUCUCCCGAACACAACGCCGUCGAUCCCCCACUGCUGCUACAGCCAUUGCAGGCUCUCCGCCAAAUGAGUCCAUGUUCGCUGCCGGCCACGUGAGGAGAAUGGUCAUGGGCAAGAAUGAAAAAGAUAAUGAAUGGAAAGUUGGCGUUUUGAGCCCCCGAGUGCAUGGGAUUGUCAGUCAUGGUAAGAGUGCAGGUAUGAGUGGAGGGCGACGAACAACAAUGAGUGGAUUUGACGUGAGGUCGACACCCAGCACUGGUGACCUCGGGGGCAUGAGGUUGAGCUCGAUAACUCCAUCGCACGCGCACGCUCAAUCAGCUUCGAGGGGGAGUUUGAUGCCGGGUGGAAAAGCGGUUUGGCGUUGA